AUGGCGGCAGGAGGACCGGAGUUCAAGCUCGUGCUCUGCGGUGACGGAGGUGUUGGAAAGACGACCCUGGUCAAGCGCCACCUCACAGGCGAGUUCGAGAAGAAGUACAUUCCCACCCUGGGUGUUGAGGUCCACCCACUGCGGUUCACCACGAACUGUGGCCCGCUGACCUUCAACGUGUGGGACACAGCUGGCCAGGAGAAGUUCGGCGGCCUGCGCGAUGGCUACUACAUUCAGGGCCAGUGCGCCAUCAUCAUGUUCGACGUGACGUCCCGCAUCACCUACAAGAACGUGCCGAACUGGCACCGCGACAUCGUGCGGGUCUGCGAGAACAUCCCCAUUGUGCUCGUGGGGAACAAGGUCGAUGUGAAGGACCGCCAGGUCAAGGCGAAGAACAUCCAGUUCCACCGAAAGAGGAACCUCCAGUACUACGACCUCAGUGCCAGGAGCAACUACAACUUCGAGAAGCCGUUCCUGUGGCUGGCCCGACGAUUGACGAACCAGGGCAACCUCCAAUUCGUUGAGCAAUUUGCCAAGGCUCCAGAGAUCCAGAUCGACAGCGCACUCAUCGCACAGCACGAGAAGGAGCUCCAGGACGCACAGAACGUUGCCAUCAAUGACGACGAUGAGGACUUGUAA